AAGCGUGUACAUUAAAAUUCAAAACGCUAAUUGGAGGGAAAAGGAGAAAAACAGAGAGAAGAGAACCCAAAUUCGAAAAUCACCAGAAAACCAACUUUGCUCGAAUCAACCAAUCAAUACAAUUUCACGAGAAAAAAUGGCUGAAAUUCUAAGCCCUAAUGCAUCCCUGAAGCAGAGACUCCCCAGGAUUCAAUCUCCAACUGCUCCUUUCUUCUUAGGCUCCAACGACGAUAAGCUCGAGCGCGCCCAGGCCCGAGCCGCACGUGCCGCCGCUAUCCGCCGUAAGCCCAUUUCCGCCCUUGCUACGCCGCCUCCUGGUCAAAAUUCCGAUCCCUGCCUCGAUAAACAACAGAUACUCGUUCUCUUUCGCAAUUGUAUCAAGCUGGCUAGCGAAAAUAAAAUAAAUCAGAAAAACACAUGGGAAUUGAAUUUGAUUGACCAUCUUUGCGAGAUUAUCAAGGUAGAAGAAGAAGAGGAUGUUGAGACCAAUUUUCAAAAGGCUAGUUGCACUCUUGAAGCUGGAGUUAAAAUUUACUCAUUGCGAGUGGAUUCGGUGCAUUCAGAAGCAUACAAGGUCCUUGGUGGGAUUAAUAGAGCUGGUCAAGAGAAUGAACAAGAUGCUUCCGUGGAUAAUGCCAACAUUGACAAUUCUCAAGAGGAAGGGCAUUCCAAAAAGGAGAUAGAUAGAAAGAUUUCACCUUUGUCAACACUGGAAUCAUCUUUUGAGGCCCUUAACGUGAAGAAGUUUGAUGUUGCAUUUGCUGUGGAUCCACUGUAUCAUCAGACAUCUGCACAAUUUGAUGAAGGUGGAGCUAAGGGUCUUUUAUUGAACAACCUUGGAGUCUAUGGAGGGUGUCAAGUGCUCUUUGAUUCACAGGAAGUGCCUGGGAAGCUCACAUCAUUUGGAAACCAACAUGAAAGGCACGAUACAAUUGAUCUUUCUUUUGCUAAAGAUUUCGUUGAACAGAUGGUGCUGAACAUGGAAAAGAAGGAUGAAAUUUCCCCAACUCUAGGAAGUAUAGUCAACCAAUUUGAUGAAGAUAAUAGAAGGAAAUUAGGCAUUUUUCCUCUUCUCCAGAAAUCUUGUCACCAAGUUGAUGACAAUGAUGAAACUUGUAAUGGAGAUGUCCACUUUGAUGAUAAUGCAUUUGGGGAUGGUGGGACUUGGACUUUUGAACAUGAUGAGCAAAGGAGUGUUGUUGAUGAGGACCCUAAUGGUGCAGAUACAUCUUUACCAACUUUUCACGAGGAAAAUGAACCGUUUUCUUUUCACAGUGCUGAAAUGGAUGACAGAUUUGAGAAAGUUGAUAGGUACUUGUUUUUUAAUUUGGGAUUCUCAUCAAAACAAAAUGCUUGGGCAGGUCCUGAUCAUUGGAAGUACCGGAAAGCUAAAGAUGAUCAUUCUACUACUGAGAAAGGAUCACCAAUAACAACAAAGAGAAUAAAGACAAAGAAGCAAGCAGAACUUGAUAUUGAUUUCACAAAAUCCAUGGAUGAAAAGAUACCAGAUAUCUUUGCCCCUCCUAAAAAUCCCAAGUCAUUACUUUUGUCUGCAACUAGAGCACCAUGCAACACAACACUGCCUGAAGAUUGCCACUAUCAACCUGAGGACCUUGUCAAAUUAUUUCUUUUACCAGAUAUAAUGUGCCUUGGAAAGAGAGCAAAAAGGUCCCCAGAUGAACAGAGGCUACAGUCAGAUGAUUAUGGAGCAAUGCCAUCCUGGGAUGAUGGAAGUGGUUUUGGUGGUGAUUUUGAUGACGGGAAUGCUUAUAGUGAUGUGGAGGACCCCAACACACUUGUUUCUCAGCCUCGUCAGGUAAAUAAAAUUGAAGUCCAGUAUGACAAGACUUCUAAGCAAGUCGAUGUCCAAUCACUGAAGGAAACUCUUUGGCACCAUAUACAAGAAUCUCCUCAAAUGUCUAUACAGGAUCAAGAAGAGGCAGUAUCUUUCAAGAAGCUAUUGUCUAGCUUCCCUAGUGAUUGCAGAGCUGCAGCAACUGUGAAUGACAUUUCUCCUCAUUUGUGCUUCAUAUGCUUAUUACAUUUAGCUAAUGAGCAUGGCUUGAGUAUUCUUGGGUGUGCCAACUUGGAUGAUCUCAGGAUUCAUCUCCCUAGCAAUGAUUUAAGAGUUGAUGAAGGGAUAUAACCAAAAGAAAAAAAAAAGAAAAAGAAAAAGAAAUUGAGCGCUACCUUUUUUUUUUUGUCCUUUUUGAAAAUUGUGUAUUAUGAGUACUCUACAAGAUUGUAAAUCUGAGAAAAGAAACAAAAGAAUGGUCCAGUUUUGUUGUAAUGUGCCGACAAGAUAAAUUAUCGUGUAUUUGUACCAGAGACACUUCACACCAACACAACUGAGCUAACAGUUUAUUA